GAAUUGUCGGAUUUCCGGGGAUUGCAAAGCGACUUCUCGCCUAUGGCUGGACAUGGAGCCGGAAGAGCUGGAGAUUUGGCCAGACUCGGGGCGAGAGAAGGUCCUGGAGCGAGACUGGCGUUCGAUUUUUCGGGUGCACCUGGACGACGUGGAGAAGUAUGGCCUGGAGUAUUGCCUCUACUUUCAGAGCCUGCGAGUGCUCUGCGCCAUGCUUUUCCUGACCUGCAUCCCAGGCACACUGGAGCUGCUCUACCUCCUCAACGGCCCCGUCUUCUCAACGGCGCCUGUGGCGCUUUUCGCACGGCUUACAUUGGGCAACCUGGACGCCUUUUUGGACGCCUCCCUGUCUCCAGUGGGGUGGCCGACAGAUGCUGAGAGCCUCCGGCUACUGAUGACGCUUCAGCUGCUGGCCCCUUCGCUCUCGCUGCUGGGCCUCGUCUUCGCCUGGCGCCGCCUCAGCUCGCACCCGGACCUGGCCACAGAGCCCUCCGUAGCGGACUACGCCGUGGAGGUGCAAGGCCUUCCGCAGGACCUGCUCGAGUCUGAGCUGCUGACUCAUUUCGAGGAGCUGCUCCGAAAGCGCUUCGCGGGCGCGGGGGUGUGCGACCUGGCGGUGGUCCGGGCCGGGCCGGAGGAUGCAACGCAGGAGGGCGAGCGUCCGGUGCUUACCACCUUCGUGGUGCUUGGCAGCGAGGAGGAGCGGAACUGGCUUCUGCGCGGCUACCGCUACGCAUGGCUUACCUAUCCGUGCUUCCAGCGAGCUCUUCGCUUCCGCGGCCUUGCGCUGAGGCUGUCGCCUGCUCCGGAGCCUUGCGACAUCCUUUGGUCGCAGAAAAGCCGCCGAGCAUUUGGUGCCUGGUGGGUUUUCGCCGCCUUCAGCUCGCUGGUGCUUUGGGCUUUGGCGGCCUGCGGCGCUGCGGGGAUUUGGUGGGCACUGGGAGAGGUGGAGACUUUGCAGUGCACCUGGCAGGACGCGUCCAGCUGCAGCUGCACGUGCGACUUGAAGUCCGGGGGCGCGGUACUGGGCUGCGUGCUGCUGGUUGAGCUGCUGAGAGCUUGCAGGCGAGUGGCACACGCCCAGAUGAGGUGCUGGAGUAGCUCCUUGGCCUCAAGCCAGGAGCGGCUCAAGCUGCUGCUGUCGACUCUGAGCCAAGCCGCCGAGCCCUUGGCGCCGCUGGCGGGGCUCUACGCGCUGAAGCUGCUUUGGUGGCUGCAAGUCUUGGACGGCCCCACGCAUUUCACGUGGGAGGUGGACUCGGCGGCUUAUCUCUACGCCAUGCCUGUGAUUAUGCUUUGGUGCCUGUUCCGAUGGCUCGGCUUGAUCUGCGAGCGGCUCUGCUUCUCGCAGCGCUUCGGCUCGCUGCGCGAGCAGUACGCGCGCCUGGCGUCGCUGCUGGCGGUGACCAUCAUGCUGCAGCCUGUGGCGCCCGUGCUGUCCAUGCUGGGCGCUGUGGGGCUUCUGGGCCUGUACUGGGCGCAGAAGUACGCCUUGCCCGGCACCACGGUGCGCACGGGUACGCCCGUGCGCUUGGCCCUGUGCAGCGCCCAUUUGGUCGCCUGGCUGCUGUGGUCUGCCUGCGUCGUCGGCUGCGGCCUCGUGUUGAGCACGGCGCCGGGUGCAACCGCCAGCGCUGGGCUGUCUGGUGCGCCUGGGGUCCUUGGACUGGUUCUUCUUCUGCUGCCCUUGGCCUGGCUCGCUCUGCGCCUCCUUUGGCUGCUGGGUUUGCUGUCCUGGCCGCCGGGCAACGCUUCACGGCCUUACCUUCGGGGCCAGGCAGGACGCAUGAACUACCAAGAAGCCUGGCUCAUCAUGCGGCAUCAAGGCAUCCUAUCUUCUUACAGUCCAUCAGACCACCCGGACUCGAAGUCGGGCGCUGUGCUGCAGCUGCAAAGCGCCCCGAGCAGCACCAAAUACCUCACCCGGAACAUCGACAUGACCUGCAGCCGCGCACAAGUACGGGAGACGGCGCCCUCACGCGCGUGAAGGGUCCAGGGGUCCAGCCACAACGCCUGGAGGUAGAUGAAGGUGACAGCUCUCUGUUGCCUAGUCAGGCCCUUUUCCUUUUUUUGGGGGAAGGUCCCCCUUUAGACUCAACCAAGCA